AGGAGGAGAAGGGAACGGAUUGCUAACCGAGCUAGCCGGAUCCUCCCGAUUAUAGAAACACGGCAGAGCGUGGUCAUGUUGCACACGGUAGGAUUCAUUUCGUGAAAAAAAGCUCGCUGUGGAAUACUCGCCUCGCCGCGUGAAAAGAGGCGAGGGGACUUGUUUUUUGACGGAAUAACAAAGCCGGUGCGUGAGGAUUGCAAAUCUGAGCUGUGAGUCAACGUUAGCUGGCCUAGCCGGACUCGGGAGCUCGUCUCCCAAAACAAGAAUGGGGUCUAGGUCCACUCGGAUUAGCUUGCUAGUAAAGUGACCUUUGAUUGUAUUCACUGAUGGCAAAUUUCACGAAUUACCAGGAAGGCAAGGCAGCGAUGUUGAUGGUGGAGACGCAGCAGAGGGACGUGGGGACGAAAUCCGCGGCCGCCACCGCGAACGGAGACGGCUCGGUCGGGGAACCCCCUUCCCUGUUAAUUAAUAUCGGCGGCGGCGGAGGAGGCGGCUCUCGCUUCCAUCAACAUUUACCGCCCUCCAACCAUCACCACCUCAGCCUCCAUAACCCGCCAAAGGAACAACAGCUGCAGCAGCACCAUCACUACCAGCUGGCCCCGCAGCAGCAGCAUCUUUCCGGGGAAAGCACCGCAGAGUCCCCGGGCAGGAAAGCCUCCUCCUCCUCGUCCCUCAGCCAGGUACACACCGCCGAGGACCCCGCCGCUUCCUCCGCCGCUAGCAGCAGCAGCAGCAGCAGCGGCCAUGUAUACGCCGCUGUGAACGUCGCCAACACCUCGGACGUUGUGGAUGAUAUCCGAAAAUGUGGCUAUUUAAGAAAGCAAAAACACGGACACAAGAGGUUUUUUGUGCUCCGGGCUGCCAGCCACCUCGGGCCGAGCCGCCUGGAGUACUACGACAGCGAGAAGAAAUUCAGGAACAGCCUGCGCUCUGCUGCCGCGGCCGCCGCCAGCGGUGGAGCGGUCGCCCCUUCUCCCCCGAAAAGGGUUAUUUACCUCUACCAGUGCUUCACGGUAAACAAAAGGGCGGAUUCCAAAAACAAGCACCUCAUUGCCCUUUACACUAAGGACGAGUACUUUGCUAUUGUGGCGGAGAACGAGCAGGAGCAAGAGGACUGGUACGUGGCUGUCAGUGAGUUGAUGAGUGAGGGCAAAAAAGGGCACGUGGAUUCAGAUGACUUGGAUGAUGGGUAUGGUACGGUCACCCCUGGUACUGUGUUCAAAGAGGUGUGGCAGGUGAAUGUGAAACCUAAAGGACUGGGUCAAACUAAAAACCUCACAGGUGUUUACCGGCUAUGCCUCUCAACUAAAACCAUUCACCUCGUAAAGUUGAACUCUGAAACCCCCUGUGUUAACCUUCAGUUGAUGAAUAUCAGACGUUGCGGACAUUCAGAAAGCUUCUUUUUCAUUGAGGUGGGCCGCUCCUCCUCCAUCGGGCCCGGGGAGAUAUGGAUGCAGGUAGAUGACUCUGUCGUGGCCCAAAACAUGCACGAGACCAUCUUGGAGACAAUGAAAGCCCUGAAAGCUUUUGCAGAGUUUCGGCCCAGGAGCAAGAGCCAGUCAUCGGGCUCCAACCCUAUGCCGUUUAUCACAACACGGCGCCACCUGGGCAACCUGCCACCGAGCCAGACUGGACUGCAGCGGCGGUCGAGGACAGAGUCAGUGGUUGGCACGCCGCCGUCAAGUAAGAGCUCUGGGGCGAGUGGUUAUCGCUUCCGAACAUCCAGUGAAGGCGAGGGGACAAUGAACCGGCCGUUCCGCUCAGCCACAGGAAGUCUGGUUCACCUGAACUCGGCACGCGCCCAUCAUGGUCGCCAGGAAGGGGGUGGCAGCAGCAGCGGGAGUGGUGUCGCCACAGGAAACGCUGGCACGAGCACAGGCAGCGGGCGCUACGUCAGAGCAAUCCCGGGGUCGACAUCCACCUACCACGCCCGUUCCGCCUCGCUGCCAGUCUCCCACUUCCCAUCCACCACCAGUCCAGUAAGCGUCUCCUCCAGCAGUGGCCAUGGCUCCGUCUCCGACACGCUCACCCGCCCGUCAAGCGCCUCGAUAUGUGGCUCCCCAUCUGACGGAGGCUUCAACUCUUCAGAUGAGUAUGGCUCCAGUCCUGGUGACUUCCGGUACUUCCGGGUGCGGAGUAACACGCCAGACUCCCUUGGCAACACCCCGCCAAUCAGAGAAGAGAACUGUCUAAAUGAUUACAUGGCCAUGGGCUGGAACCGGGAGGUCUUUGGCACCAGUGGAGGCUCUGGAAACAACAGCGGAGGUGACACGCCACGGGACGAGAGCACGUCGACAGAGGAUGACCGCUUUUCUUCGUCGUCACUGAGGAGAAGGACACACUCUUUCACCAGACCAACCGGUGGUGCAACUGGCGGUUCUGGAGUGGCAGUUUACCAGAAAAUGACCCAGACCAACUUCUCAUUGGACGAGGGGUCAGAUGUUGUGUUACCAUUUGGCAGCGGACUGCUCCGCGGUGGGCCGUCCUCCUCCUCUUCCUCGCUGCGUUCUGACUACAGCUCCUGCUCCGAGCACAGCCAGCAGAGCCGUCCCUCCACGCUCUCCCGGACGGAGACCAGCAGUGAGCGCCCGCCCCUCUCCUCCUCCUCCUCUGCCAAGGAAGACAGCGGCUACAUGCCUAUGAUGUGUGGCGUGGCUGCGUCGCCACGGGACACUCCUCCCGACUACAUGCCUAUGCAACCCAGCUCUUACUCCCAUCCCAUCUCCCAUUCCCCCCAGUUUCACAGUCCAGCUUUAGGUCCCCGUUCAGCCCACCACCCUCCACAGAUCCAGUCCCAAUCCUCCACAGACUCCCACGGCUACAUGAUGAUGCUCCCAGGGGGCAGCGGCAGCUCCCCGUCUCCAGGUCAGGCCUCCCCCAGCCCUCACAGUAGCUCCAGCAUGGCAGGUGCCAGUGGAAGUGACAGCAUAGCGGAGAGACCUGAAAAUGGAGAAUAUAUGGACAUGUCGUACUGCAGCGGUGGGGGGCGCAAGCUCUCAAAUGAAGGGAGCGGUGCGUAUUACACACCUGGCACACCUGAGAGCACCCCAAAGUCUUACAGCCCUUAUUUCUCCCUCCCUCGUUCCUACAAGGCCCCCACCAGAGAGAGGGAUGAGAAGGAGUAUGGGGAGUAUGUUCCUAUGAGUUCUCCUGCCAAGCCAGUAUAUUCAUCAGUUGCCACAGCUUCCAUGUCAACACCAGAGAAGAAGGGUGGAGGAGGUAGUAGCACCUCCACCCCCUCUCACCCACCCCCGCCUUAUGGAGCUCACCAUACGACUGCAGCAAUGGCCGACCGACGCGUCGUGAGGCCAAACCGCCUCCCUUUAGGCAGGAGAAGUUUCCAUGGUCCACUGCGGGUUAGUGAGCCCUCCACAGCGUCUGCAGGCACCUCCACCUCAGUCCCCGCCACUGUCAGCUCAUCUGAAAGGCCCUCCAGUCCCGGGGAGUAUAUUAACAUCGAGUUUGGGGAUCACUACCCCCACCAACAACAGCCCCCUCCUUAUCCUCUCUCUACCCAAGAUGAAGCGCCUUCCCUGGGAUCCAGUGACCACUGUCACUCCCCUCACCAGGACUACAUGAGUGUGGAGGUAGCAGCUGAUCAGCAGGACAGCGCUGAAUGUCUGGGUAAAAACCAGUCACCCAGACCCAGCCUUGUUGCCCCCUGGAACCCACCCAGCUAUAUCCGACCCCUGGCUAGCAAUCCCGGGGCGCUGGCCUCCCCUGGAGUCCCUGCCGGCGGUCACUGGAGGUCAAUGGGGGACGACUACACAGACAUGACAUUUAACCUCAGCAGAGGUGAGAGGACGCAAACGAGCCCCACAGCCAUGCUGCAGCAUCUCUGUGUGAUCGAGGGACAUUACGGCCACGCUCCCUCCGCCUCCUCCUCAUCCAUUUCUCCCCCUCUCCCCCCGUCAAGCCCUGGAAGGGCACCAUCACAGCAGGUGGAACCCAAAGUGGUUCGGGCCGACCCCCAAGGCAGAAGAAGACACAGCUCGGAGACGUUCUCAUCCACGUCCUCCUCUAAUUCAACUCCCUCUGGAGGAGGACUAGCCCCAUCAUCCUCAGCCACCCACCCGACACUGGCCAGCUCCACAGCCCCCAACGGAUCUUACCUAACGGAGGGUCAGGCUUCCAGAUGGGCCAGCUCCGCAUCUUUUGACAGCAUGUGGGUGUCCAUGGAGGGUCUAGGGGACUCACCGGCUCACCAUGCUCCAAUAAGAGCCAUGGAAAUGGGCGCAGCCUCCGGGACCUCAGCAUCCUCCUCCUCGGGGGCUGGAGCCAGCAGAAUGUGCAGGAACAUGUCUGUGGGCUACCAGAACGGCCUGAACUACAUUGCCUUGGAGCUGAGGGAGGAUGGGAGUAACACGGGAGCCAUGACGUCGGGAGCCGGUAGCAGCAAUGGGAGCUCGGUGGCGGCAGUGACGGCAGGGACGGUGCCUCUGCCGGAGAACGGAGCCUACGCCAGUAUAGACUUCACCAAAUCUGAUGGAGUCACCACGACAACCAAGGACUGAGCAACGGGACGAUAGAGGUUCCCCACCUUCCUCCUUCUCCUCCUCCUCAUGUCUCUGCUCGGGGCACUUGACUCUGCCUGCGACCUUUGGCCUCCCCCUCCCAUCCCGCCGGCGACCUCUGACCUCUUCACCCAGACUGAGAAGCCGCUCCCUUCUGGAUGCAGAAAACAACAACAACAUAACAACAGAUGACAAAAACGCUUGCAGUUUUUUAUAAGUGUAUUUCAUCUUUUAUUUUUUUUUGUGUGUUUUAUAUGCAUAUCUUGUCCUGUUUUUUUUUUUUUUUUUUUAAUCAUUUCCCCCCCCCCCUCUCACAAUCGAUGCUGCCAGUGUGCGCUGCUUUUUUCAACAGACAUCGGUCAGUGAACUUUGGUUGAGGGGGGUGUCGGCAGAACCCGAGGUAGUCUUAUUAUCAGAUGGUUCUGCUUCUCCGUACGGUAUUAAAAAGGGAGGCUGGAAAUACUAAGCAAAGGCAUUAUGGUACAAACUUGGAAACUUUUAUGUUGAAUUUCAAACGUUAAUUUUUAUUUUUAAUUAUUUUUUUUACCCCAUGCAUAACCCUUCCUCAGUACGGUACCAUACAGUUAUUACAUUGUGGACAAAGUCAUAGUAGAGAAUGUAUUUUUUUUUCCUAAUGAAUUACCCCUUAAAUGGUACGAGCUCAUGGCUGGAUCCAUUUUAGCCUCAGAGGCGAGAAGUGGCAUUGCACACGUACUGUGCUUGUUCCCGUGCUUUGCCCAGUCGGGUGUGGCACAGUGUCAGCACCCUUUUUGGAUCGCUAUUUAAAAAUUCAAACUGGGGAAACAGAGCUAUGGUACAGUGCCAGUAUGGGUUUAUCAGAGUGUACUGAUACAAUGGGAAACCUUAAAAGCAUUAUUCACAUAUUAUUAUUUAUUUGUUGCGAUAGGUACAAAUAUUCCAGUACAUUUCUUUGUUUGCUUUCAGGACGGCAAUGGUACUCAAUAGGGCGGGGGAUAAACGCCGGUCACCAGUCGAAUGCUGGAAAGUUUAGUCUUUGUCUCCUCUCCAAGCUACUUUGCAGAUAAUUGAUGUGUUUAAAGGGAUAGUUCAACAUUUUGGGAAAUGCGAUAUUUCAGUUUUGCUGCCUUCACAUGGACUGUACACGGCACAAGGACAGUACCUUCUUAUGGAGACAGAUUUGAGUCGAUAGAAACACUACACAAAUACAAAAAGAUUUGGCAAAAAAUAUAAAUAUUUAAACUUAAAACGGCAAUGCCGUCUACUGCUACUGUUGCCAAUAUUUUCAACCAGUCUCACCUAACUUUAUCGUCCUGCUAUCCUCCAGUAAAAUGAUAUCUUAUGUGUGCCGUCUACUGUCUGCCUGAUUUCAUGUGAACACAGCACUGUCUGUUAAAUAUGAAGCAUACUGUUUUAUCUUUGCAUAAAGACCGUAAGCCAGGGUUAGCAUGUUAAUGUCCAAAACUCAAAAGUACCGACCAGUACCUCUGUAGCUAAUGGAAUAGUAUGAUAUAUCCUGUUUGUUUAAUCUGUUUAACCCAAUGUAAAAAUGAUUAUUUACUGUAUUAUGGGCGGGACUAUUUCCUGAAGUCUCCCCUCUGUAAAAUGGCAAAUUACGGCUUUUACAUUUGGGUUUGUGUGCAGGUUAAACAAACACGGUCUAACAUGUUAAUAAGUGAACUUCAGAGGUGCUGGGAGGUGGAUUUUGUUACCUUUGCACAGAGUAAGGCUUUAAAUCUUUAUGCUAAGCUAAGCCAACUGUCACUACAUAUUGAACGGUCUAAUGUUAGAGUGAUAUCGAUCUUCUCAUGUGACGCCAAGCAAAUAAGCAUCAUUCCCAAAAUGUUGAAAAAGAAAACAUUAGGAAGAAAUCAAAGUAGCUUGUAGAGGUUUUGGAAACUCGGCCGCUGUGCCCAACGGAUGGAAAAUGACGUUUUCCCGCCCUGCUGCUUGGUCGGCUUGUGUUAUCCGAAAUUGAAGCAACUGUUUUAGUAUUUUUUUUUUUUUUUUCUUCCAGUUUUACCUCAUAUGGUCCGUAGCACAGUUCAGGUUAGUGAGGGAGAGUGGCACCAACACACACACACACACACAUGCACUCACACUCGCAACGCUGUGAAAGGUAAAAGCACAAAGUACAGACGUUGACACUGGGAUGCAAACACUAGUCUAAUGCACACACACACGAAAUCUCUGCAAGUGAACUCUAUACUGUACGGCAGUGGCAUGUAUGCGCACACACACACACACACACAGACAUGCCUGUACGUCAUGAAGACGCAUGUCAUGGUCAUGUGGCAUCUCCAAUGCCUGCUCUCAUAACACAUACAGUAGUCAUGCAGCCCUAGAAAGGCGAGGGUAACUCCUGUGUGCUCCCAUUUCGGCUCUUUGUCAGCGGCUCUUGGUGACGCACAUUAACACACACGCAUGCAUAUAUAUAUAUAUAUAUAUAUAUAUAUAUAUAUAUAUGCAUGCUGCACACUGGAGGGUUUGUCACUGGCUCUGAGUGACGUAAAGAGGUUUCGAGUAACCAGAGCUCCAGCCCCAGGUGCAGCGCGCUGGUCAUACUUGCCCUGCUACAACCUCACACACACACACACACACACACACACACAUUGGGACAGGCAGUGAACACCCACAUCAAUCAGUCUUAGCCGGAGCUUGUUGCCUCUUCUCUCUCACACUUUCAUCAGACUGAGACGCCCAUAUUUAGCAUUUCUACUCACGCUCCUCUCCCAUGACUUUUACCCACACAGCUGUUUUCAUAGAAAGAAAAUUUGCUUAAAUAAAAAACAAAGACUGACAGCUAGCAGAGCCCACUGAAUUGCUUUUUUUUCUGCUCAGUAUUCACUCUUCUAAUGCUAUCUUCGCCCCGUUUCUGAUUUUUUUUUUUUUCCUUCAGCCCACUCUUUUUUUGUUGUUUUUAAUUUGUUUGGACGGAUGAAGGCCUGUCACUCUCGCUGUGCUCGUUGUGUGGGACGCAUCACUGUCGUCCUUUUAGGGCCCCACACAGCGGGGAUGCUGAGGGACUGAGCUGAGGUAUCUUUAAAUAAUUGUUAAUGUCUGGUUUUAGGGAGAUUUUCGAGCAGAAGUUUGACUGACUGCGGGGAAUGAUUUCAAAGUGAAGGUCAGCCGGCCGUGAUUGACAGCUUACUCGAUGCCCUCUGAACUGCACAGAUGCAGCGAACUCUGCACAUAUGAUGCCCGGUGUUCAUUGAAACAACACAAGUGUAAAAUUUUUGGAUGUCUGACUCAUUGGAAAAUAAAGUAAAAAGUGUCUCAGAUAGAUAGCUGCGUGGUGCACAUGCUAGGGUCAUAUACAGUGCAGCAUUCUGUAUAAGUAAAGUUUGACAACUAGAAAACAACUUUAAAGACCCUAAGUGUUUUUUUAAAUGACCUUAAGAUUCAUAACUUGUAAAACACAGACUCAGUUUUGUUGCAACAAAAACUGUUUCUGCUCAGAUCAGUGGAGGCCCUGAAGCUCUGAAACAUAUUUUGUUUAAUGAAUUGUGCCCUCUGCACAAUAUCAUUUUGUGCAUAUGAGAAUCUUUAAUGUUAUGGGCACAAGAUUAAAGAAAUAUUCUUGUGAUUUUCUACUGCCGGAACUUCAGUCUUUGUUGCCGACUUUACAGAUCUGUAAAGGCCAACACAUUCUUACUCCGACCUCGUCACAUAUCGACGUUUGGUCAUGGGCUUUCCACGUCCACAUACAACGUGAAAGGUACCCUGGGUGCAUUGGUUAAUGACAUUCUGGGACACCGUGUAAAGUUCUGCCUGUUGCCGUUUUCACAGGAAAUUUAACACUUACAGUCUCUUUCAAAAUAAAUGCACUACAUCGGUACAACAUCGCAAAUUGACGUUUCUUUUCCAUCAACAACAAAAGCACGUAGUUAGGUUUAGGAAAAAAGAACAGGGUUUGGCUUUAGAAUCUUAUGGGACACAAACACCACUCUCUCGGGUGAAAGUCGGUGUUUGUUGGACCGGCCUGUCCCAGUCGGGACCUAACCUUCGUCCUUGUUCAGCUGCGUUUCCCUCUAAUGGCGCCGUUAAACUAUAAAGGCAACGGGCCGCGUAUCAUGCUGACAUUAAAAGACGCCUUUUUUCAUUGGUUUCUGACACCAUAAGUCACUGACUAAGUGCCGGCUUUCGAUGACUUCGGAGUGAGACCAGCCUCGUGAAAUGCAAUCACUUAAGUAACUCUUAUUGAAUGCAAAAGUCGUAGCAUGUGCACCAACGAAGCUUUCUGAAAGAUAAUUUUAAAACAGUGCAUCAGUGUCCAAGAACCUAAUGUGAUGUUUUCUGAUAUCUUGUCCCAAACCCAAAGAUAUUCAGUUAAUAAUGAUAUAAAACGUUAAUUGUUUUGCUUCGUUUGAAUCACCAGAUAGGUGGAGUUUACUGCAUUACGGCAAUCCAGAGUGUGUCAGGCAUUUCAGCAAAUUCAAGACUGACUUUCUAGUAUUCACCAAAAUUUUCCAUGUCAUAGUCCAAGAACAAAAUCCCACCUGUGAGGUACACCACUUAAACUGAAUUUCCGAAUAUCUUCACCCCUUCCCUUCGUCCCAUGUCCCUUUUUUCAAAUGGCAGCAACAACAGAGCCAAAAACGUUAAAAAACAAACAAACUGUGAGGCUCAAAAUGUGGUCAGAACGAUCCACGUCGGUACAGAAACAGCAGAGCUUUUGAGCACUUUUACCCUUCGUCGCCCUCUGGAGGGUCGGGAUAAUUAAGCUAACCUUCCCCUUCUACAGAUCCAUGUUUUUAAUGGUCUGGUUUCAAAGUGAAAACCCACAAAAUGCUGUUUAAAGAUUUUCAAGCCUGUGACAUGUCUUAUAUGUACAUUUUGAACAAUUUGAGAUAUUGACCCCUCAUCUCCCUUGAACAAACGAAGACUAUUAUAAGAAUAUUUAGGCUGCAGUGGCCCGAGACAAACGAGAACAUUUUUUGUUUCUGUUUUGGAAAAUGUUUUGUGUUCUUACGAUGCUACAGCGACGUGUUGCUUUUGAGUUUUUUACCGCUAUGGCAAAAAAAAAAAUGUUAGAGCUAGAUUCUGGGGGGGAUUUUUGGAAGAAUCCCUCUUAAUUUAUUUGAAGCAUUAUUCAAAAACGGAUAAAUGUCUUUCAUGUCUGAUUUGCCUUUAUGUUGAAUUUUACCCCCCUGUUUAACCCUGUAAUGACUGAAUGAAUUUACACAGAAUCUGUGUUUAUCUUGGCAACAAUUCAACCUCAAAACUGUCCUCAACGUUACCGAUUCUGAUGUUGAAAAUCAGCUGUUAUGAUUUUUUUCUUGUUAGGGGUAUGAGAAAUGAGAAGACCUACGUAAUAUAUAUAAAUAUAUAUAUAUAAAAUUAUAUAUAAUCCUUGCAGAGAAGACUUAGGGUACUGCAUCAUUAUGCAAACUUUUGUUUCCUUUUUCCUCUAAUCUUUUGGUUCAUUUUGUAUUCUAGUUUACAGAGGGAAAAUAAUCAUCUUAUUUUUGGUUGUUUUGUUGUAUCGGGGCGACCUUGUUUCUCUGAAAACAAAGCGACACAAGGGUAGUAUUUUUUUUUAAGAGUACAUAGGCAUUUUGCAGUUAUUUGUAUAAAGAAAUGGGUUACAACCUCUGCCUAAUGUUUAUUUUUUUGUAACUAUAUUACAGUUUAUUUGCUGCUGUGUAGUACAGUUAACAGUUGGAAAUGCUGUCGAUGGCAACCACGACAAUGAAGACGAUGUUCAUUGCCCUGCUAUCAGGCGCGGGUUCCUUUCGAAACUUCGGAGGAGGAGGGGGGAAGCAAAUCCCACUCUACCCUGCUACCUGUGUUCUUAGUUUCCGAGUUGAAUGCUGUUGUUUAUUAGCUUUACAGGAAAGAGAAAGAGUUAAAAAAAAAAUACUGUGGAGGUGUGUAUCCUUCGUAUGUGCAUUAUUUUUCAGCGACGUACGUCCUAUAUACGAAAAAGAAGAAAAAAAGAAUUAAAAAAAGAGAAAACUGUGGUGGAAAUGGAAAUCCUCCUUCUGUAAAUAAGGAAAAACUCAAGUUGUCGCUUUUUUCAUGUUAUAAUCGGCGCCUCAGCAGGUGCCCCCCCUUUUUUUGUUUUUGUUUUACUUCCUUCUCUCUUUCUUUCUCUCUUGUUUUUCCUCGUGGAGGGAAAGGGGGGUAGGAGGGGUACUCAGAGGCGAUUUGAGCAUCGGCAUAGUGUUUAUAUUUAUCAAAACUUUUUUGCUUUCGAUAGAGCUAUUGCAAUAAAAAUGUGUUCAUGUAA